CGCGUUCACACGUGAUUCUACGGCGGCAAAAUGGCGAUGCUCAAUAAUUCGGUGGACUCGAACACAAACAUCCCGGAAUACGAAUACCCUGACGUAAAUACCAACAUAUUUCAUAUAGGUUCUUUCAGGAACGAGUGGCUGAACAGACUGAAUCCGAGUAACUACUCCUAUCAGAAGGAAGACGAGGACACGUUUGACGCUAACUUUGCUAAAGAGAUGGGGAUGAGUGCGGAGACCCUGAUGGACCUCAAGUCCAUCUGCAGUGUUGAUUCACUUCGUUGCCACCCUGAGGAUCAGCAGCCCGAUACCGAACUUGUUCCCCCCGACCCAACGCUGAGAACACUAAUACAAAGAAAGAAGAGGCAAGAUUUCAGAGCAGCCUCGAAAGUCAGCCACAACAGACACGACCUCUACGCUGAUGAACUGGAGCGUUUAACUGGCGGGAUAAAACCAGAGGCUCCACUGGACAUGGUGCCUGAAGGAGAAGUCAUUUUAACCAUCAACGUCUACUACCCAGCUAAUGUGGAGAAAUUUACCUGCGUCAGACCCCACAUAACUCUGCUGAUGACAGGCUCCCACACCUUGGCAGAGCUCAGGGACGCCAUCUGCUGCGUCAGCGACUUGCAAGUGUGCGGCGAGUUCAGCAGCACGCCGGACAUGGCUCCGGAGUUCAUCAGCAAAGAUCAUUUCAAGUCAGCUUAUUUUUUCUUCGAAGGAGUUUUCUAUAACGACAUGAGAUACCCCGAAUGUCGGGACAUCAGCAAGACAGUCAUCGAAUGGCAAAAGGCCUACAACGUCCCACUCCACAGCCAAGCCAAGAUGGAGGACACCAGGUUUGUGGAUCUGAAAGUGAAAGUGGGUUUCCCCUACCUCUACUGUCAUCAGGGAGACUGCGAACACCUCGUCAUCAUCACAGACGUCAGACUGAGCCACGUCAACGACUGCCUGGACAAGAAGCUGUAUCCGAUGCUCGUACACAAGCACAGGGUGCCCACCCAGAAGUGUGCCGUCUGCCACGUCUACAUCGUGAGAUGGCUCACAACCAACGACCAGUUUGCCCCGAGUAACCCGUGUCUCUUCUGUGACAAGUGCUUCCGGAUGCUGCACUACGACACGAAAGGAAACAAGAUUGGACAGUUCAUGGCCUAUCCCUACGUGGACCGGGGCGCAUUCAACUAAUCGUUUGUUUUGGAUCAGAUCGCUUAUUCAUGCUGCUCAAUGCACUUUUUAUGUCUCAAAAGAGGAAUGUUUGGGCAUUUGGGAGAUGUAUAUUUUGUUUCAAGAAUGUGUAUGUUUGUGUGCAAAAGUGCUUGUUUCAAAAUCGUUGCAAUUCAGUGGAAAAUAUUUUAUCAGUCAUUCUUGAAUAUUGGCUACUUAAACACAUAAAUCCAAGUUAAAGAAGAUGUCCUUUGUUCCUUUUACUUCUAUUAGAAAUAAACUAAUUUUAAGUCAAAUAUUCAGUUUGAUUGGAUAGUCAAGACUGUAUUGUUUAAUCAUUUUUCAUUUUGAAUAUAGACCCUGAUUGAUGCAUUUUAUUACAUUGCCAUUUUCUGAUAACCACUCACAU